AUGAAGCUGAAGAAAAAGAAGCUUCGAAAGAGAGAACAGUUCGAUUUCAAACCCAGGACAGACAGCGGGCGGCCCUUCAUCUCUCUCGCUCCGGCAUUUUUCACCUUCCUCGAAGGGCGAAUGGCGUCGUUUGGCCUCGAGCUCUCGCUGCGUGUGAGGAAUGUUGCACCAAGCGAAGCUGCCACAGGCAUCCGUGCGGUCAUCUACAGACAUCAGGAAUCGGAUAAUAAUUACGUAGAGAUUGCGCAAACAGAAACUGUUUUCGAGCAGACUAAUGUUACUUUUCAACAUCGAUGCCCCUUAACGUAUCGAUUUGACAAGCUAGAAAGGCUAAAAGUAGCUAUUUUCUGCGUCAAAGAUGACAGCGGCAUCUUCAGUCAUCGAAUCGGCGAGGCCUACACAGAUGUGGCUACCAUCAUAGCCAAAGGAAACUCAGUUUCACUACCCUUAUCCCCGUCGGCCGCUGUUGAUCUCUACAUCACUAUUCCCGGCUUCUACUCCCACUACGUCAAGUUGAAAUUCGGCGGAAAUCAUCUACAGAUCCACGAACAUCUACCAUUGGCCGCAUAUAUGAUAUUCGUGCUAAAGACAGACAAUCGCACCAUUUUGCUGCACAAAAGCGAAGUGGUGAAAGCAAAGAAUCCCAAAUGGAAGGAGUUUUCCGUGCCUCUCUACGUUAUACAAUUCUUCCAACAAGGAGCUCUGCAAAUUUUCUGCUACAACCAGAAUGUUAAUGCGGCAGAUACACUGAUUGGUUUUUGCAACACAUCGAUGACUCAACUAGAGCGGGGGCCUGGUGCGCAGAACUCAUAUAUGCUGAUGAACUUUGAAGGGAAACGCAUGCAUGACAAAAUGUCCGUCGACUUAGAGUUAAUGGAACUCGUUCAAGGAGAAUCAUUUUUCAACGCAGUGAAAGAAGGCACCCAACUUCACCUCACUAUGGCCAUAGAUUUAUCGGCUUCGAAUGGUAAUCCAAACGAACCUGGUUCCCUACACUUCAUUCAUCCGCACACACAGAGUCCUUAUUUCAAUGUUAUGCUUCGACUGACACCAUUGUUCCUCAGCUACUCGGCUAAUACAAGGAUAGGUGCACUUGGUUUUGGCGCACGUACACAGCCUCGAUUUGAGUUGUCGCAAUGUUUUCCACUGACGGGCCCACAAGGUAACCUACAAGUGGACGGUAUCAGAGGUUUGCUAGAUGCAUACCGUGCUGCCAGACUCAUGGUGCAGCCAUUUGCCCCUACUGAGUUCUCUGAAGUAAUCUACCAUGUGUCAAAAUUUGCUAAAGCCGAAAGUAAGCGUCGUUUGGGUCUUUACUUUGUGCUCCUAAUCCUGACAGAUGGCGGCCUAGCAAACCCACGACGUACCAUCGACGCCAUUGUGGACUCCUCGCCACAUCCAAUGAGCAUAAUUGUUGUGGGGAUUGGCAGGGUUCGAGAUCGUGACUUCUCAAGCGUGAAGGCAUUGGAAUCGCCAGUUUUGAAACAUUCGGAUGGUCGCACCCUUUUCAGACAGAACUUCCAAUUUCUCACUGCCGACAUGUUGGACAGCGAUGAAGCCAUUGCCCUUAUUCCACUCCAGAUCGCUCAGUGGAGGACAUCCGUCACUUAAGCAAACGUUAUUUUUUCAUUUCACUUGUUGAUCUUGUGUCUUCAUGUUUUACCCUAAUAGCAUUUCGGGCAAAUUUUUAUAGACGGACCACUAAUCUCGCUAGAUAUCAUACGGGUCACUUUUGUCAAAAUUCGUCUAGUUGCUAAGUUUCACUGCUUUGACACCUUGCAUUACUGUUUUAUCGAAAAAGUUAGGAUGCUAGUUUUGCCGGCCAAAUGUAUCGCAUGAGUGUUUUAUGUUGCUUUAGAGAUAUAGCGAUUGAUUGUAGAGUUCGUUGCGGAUGUGGCGCCUUUAUAAUUUGUAAAUAACGGAUUACCUGGAUAUAAAAAAUCACUGACUGCCAAUAAGUAGCGUGUAGGUAACUUCCAUGUUAAUAAAGCCUUUCAUGGACUGUUUUCUGUAAUCAUGUUCACAUUCAAUUUACAAGUCCAGUGAUUUUGAU